AUGAAGCAGCGAUCAGAGGCAGAAUCGGGGCGAGGCAGUUCCCUCUCCCCCAGUAGACACCCUAGGAGGGAGAAAAUCGCUCCGCUGAAGAUUCUGAAAAAAGCGCUGCUGGAUGCAGACGUGCUGAUAGAUGUGUCCAAAAUUAGAAUCUAUGCGAAGGAGAAUUUCGACCUUGAGUUAAUAAACAACGUAAACGAUCGGUUCGUAGAAAAGACAUAUAACCUACUGGUGGACACGAGGAAAAAUAUAAUUCCCGAGGACGAACUCAAUGAUUUUAUAUUUCUGCUUAUGAAUGAAAGGAAGGAAAACAACCAACUCGAAAAGAUGAGCAGAAAAGGGCACGACAAAAGUGAGUCCGCCAAAUGUCCAAUAAAAAACGAAGUCACAAAUUUGAUAAAAAAAAUGAAUAAGUUCCACUUUUAUUUUAAAGAAUUUCUCAAGAAGGAUAAAUUAUGGAUGGAUGUUGCAGAUCGGGGCGAUGUGAAGACUACCACGUGGGGUACUACGAAAGGUACUACCCUGGAUAAUCGGAAAACCCACAAACAGUCAGAUCUUCAACAGAAAGGUGACAAUACGUGCAGAAAGGGUGGAACCUGUUUGUCUUACAUACAAAAGAAAGGCGAAACGGGAAAGGGGGAAUCAUUGUAUUUGCAGAGAAAGGAAGAGCGAGAAAAAACAGAACGAGCCAUUCGCAGUUUGCUGAGUAGUGGCCUCAGUGAGAUGGAAGAAAUGACGGAAGUGACUGAAGAAAUGCAUGAUAGUUUAGGAGGACCAGAAAGCGUAACAAAGAAGAUGGAUCCAUUUAGCCUACCCAUAAAGGUACAGAAUGUUUCCCCUUCCUCUUCUGAUGAAAAUAAGGUGAAAGAAGCGGAAGACGUGCAACCCUACCGUUGCGAUUACUUACAGAGAGGAGGGUGUACCUUCCAAAAGGGCUGCACCAAAUUGGUUGCAGGGAGAAGCACACAUAACCGAGGAAUGCACAAACAAAACGCCAGUCAGUUAGGAGGGAUCCCAGACGGUGACAACAUCGGUUAUAAUAAUAGUAGUGAUAGCAGUAGCGGUGGUGACGGCCGUCCCAGGGAAGUUUUGCGAAGGAGCCAGUCCGAUGGAGCCAAGUACUACCUGUACAAAAAACACCUCUUUGAAGACCACCACAGGGAACUCGCACACGGGGCCUCCCUCACGGAGUACGAAAGGUACAUAAUCCGGAAGAAGAAAAAAAAAAAAAAAAAUCAUAAAAAAGAUAAAGGUAAGCAAAACAGUGACAGUCUAAUUUUUUCACAAAUCCCAAAUGUGAUAACAUGUGAUUGGAAAAAAAAAUGGGGGAAGAACAAUAAAGGGAAGGUACCUGGAAGAAAUAAUGUGGACAACUAUUUGGGGGACGCCUACAACAGUUGUGAGAACCCCGGUGGAAGGAACCCCAUGAUGGGGGUAAGUUACGAGAAGGUGUUUUCCCGCGGCUACCUCCACGAGGAGAGUAACAAUUUAGUGCACACCGUGUUGGGGAUGAAGUAUGAGAAGGGGGAGUUUUCAAAAAAGUCAGGUUACGCUAAGGGCAAUACUGAGGGGUAUAUUAAGGGGCAUGCUAUGAGGGGCGGCACAGGGCGUGAGGACGGGGGAUAUUUAACCACCGGCAAAAAGGACCUUACCCCCCCCUCGGCAACCACGUCAUCCGCCCCGAUAAUUCCGCAGGAAGAUUAUUCUAAAAAAGGGAUACUGAUAGAGUCGGGUAAUAAUUCCUGUCCUGAGGGGGAAAAACGUUCGGAUCAGUUGUGCCCACACGAUGGAGAGGGGCAACUGUCAAAGUUACACAAGUGGGGUAGGGAUGAUAUUCUUCCGAAGGUGCCGAAUGGACCCUGGCACUUGGCACCAUCAGAUAAAGGAAAUAGCGUCAUAAGUGUAUCAGGAGGGAGGAGACCUCUUCCAUGUGGAACGGCUAUAAGUGCCUCCUCGAAUGGUAACCGUAUAAAGAAAAAAGGCUCCAGUGGGGAAGUAGAUACGGGGGAAGAUGAAGUAAAAAAGGAAGACAGAAAUGUGGACCAUAAAACAAAUAUAUCGAUAGAAAAGAAAAAAAGGGAAAACGCAAAAUUACGUCGUCCCGUUGGUGAACAAACUGGUGGCAGUACAAAAGGGAGCGUUGAUGGGAGUCUAGUAGUUAGGGAUGCACCCAGCCAGAAUGACGACACCACUGCCCAUUUAGAUGAGGAUCUUACGAUGGAUGAUCCAAAUGAAUGGAACAGUGAUAUUGCAACUGAGGGAGGGGUGAACACCUUGGAAGAAUCAAACAGGGGAAAUAAGGAUUUUGUGUGGAGCGUGCAAGAUUUGAGGCCACCCCAGGAUGAUAGCCCUACUGUCAGCGCGCAGGACACCAACGAAUGGGAAUUCCUCGAGAGGAAAGAAUCGACCCCGUUACAUCACAAAGGGGAAGUAACUCCCAACGUGAGGAGUGAAGAAAAUUACCAUGUGAGAGAUAAGAACGUGAAAAAAUAUGAACAGGCCAUGUCGACUUAUACGUCCAGAAUGGAGUACCCCAGUGAGAUACACAUUUAUGAGGAAAGAGAUGUUUGUUCAUCCGUUUCGCAGAAUGGAAGAAGGACUGUGUUCCCUGAUUAUGCAUCCACCUUGGGCGGAGAUAAUGCUGAUAGCUAUGACUACUCAGAUGAAAGGUUUGAAAAUGUUCAUCUGGAUAAAAGGGACAGGACUCAUCUCAGGGGGGAAGAAAAAUAUAAUUUUUUGGAAGAAGACACAUUGAAGGGACCAAAUGAUGUGGCCAUGAAUCAAAAGGAAAGAGGUAACACGUGGAGGAGGAAUCAAGACAACAUUGGAGGCACCCAUUUAGGGGGAGACAAAGAAGACAUGCUACACAAACGUGGAAGAGACGACGUUCUUCCAAAGGGUGCUAUGAAAGAGGGGGAAGGGUCAAAUUAUUCGAAGACUCCCACGUAUGAUCGAGCGCUGAUUAGACACAUAGAACGGAAUGUUGCUUUUUAUGAGGAUAUUUCGCGCGAUAUGGAAGGUGUCACGAGGGGGGUACAGAACGAGUCGUUUUAUGGUCCCCGUGAAGACAGUGUGAUCAGCUUCAACCAGAAGGAUUUUUUACUUUUGAAAAAAAAAAAAGAAGAAGAUUCCAGGCUGAACAAAUGGUUAAACAAAAUAAACGCCAGAGAAAAUGAGAAAAAAAAAAAAAUCCUGGAAAAAAAAAACGAAUCCAUAAAAAAGGAAUUGGUAAAUUGUACCUUCCAGCCAAGGGUCAGCAUCCAGCCAAACAGAGUGAAAAGUUUCAUCAAAGAGGACGGCAGAAAGGGAGGUCAGAUUAACAUACACGAGAAGGGGUGCAUCAAAUUAGGCCCUCACAAUGGUAAAGGCGAAUAUGAUAGGGACCUCCAUGUUGUUGCGCGUGGAGGGGAUAGACGUGCAUAUCGGGUGAAGACAAUCACACGGGUUGGCAGCGGGUGGACAGAUACUGCCUAUGACAACAGCGGCACAGAACGCAUGAAUAUAUAUGAGGAUGCAUUUAUGCGUGAAAAUGUCGUAGGUCGAAUGGGCGAAAACGUCAGUGUGGAGGGUCCCCCUGGGAGGGUAGCUGCAGGAGAAGCAGCGAGGAGAGGAUAUAAUACCAGGGGAAGGUAUACUGAUGAGAAAAUCCUUGACGAAGAGGACAUGCACAGUGAUGAUCGAAAUAGUGAUGGUAGGAGCAGCGGGGAGGAGCCCUACCGGGAAAGUAAAGUAAAACACAGAGAUAGAAAUGAGCUUCUCUACUGGAAAGCCAUGAAGCAGAAAGAGCACCUCCAAAGGAAGAAGGACGCUUUUGAGGAAGCCAAGGAAAAUAAAUUUAAAAGCGAAUGUAAGUUUAGUCCAGAGAUAAAGGACAACGUGAAGAUAUACAUGUCUGACCUCCCAAAGGGGUACAGUAAAACUGUGGAAAGAAUCAAACGGGGCGUCGAGGAAAAGAGGAGAGUCCAUAACUUCUUGGAGUAUAGGAUCCCACUAAGCACAAAUGGAGAUAAGAAUGCACAAAAUGGUAUUCGCAGUAGAUGGCAGGGGGGAAGGACUACCACACUCUCCCCGUUCAGCUUUGACAAGGGAUUCUACAAGGUGAAAAUAAAGCCCGUUUAUUUUGAGACGAAAAUAAAAUUGUCCGAAAAUAAAAUUGCCUCUCUGGCGAUUCGGGAAGAUGAAGACCCCUUGUAUAUUAUUGACAUAUUUUGCAAAAUCCAUGCAAUUCGGGAUGAAGACAAGAGGGUGCUUUAUGAAUAUGUGAUGGAUGAGUUGGCGAAAGCGUCCCAGGGUAGCUAG